UUCAUUGGACCGAUACUGAUUCUAACCGUUGUCAACUGGAUUAUGUUUGCCUUGACCACUAUUGAAUUAACUGAAGUGCGUCGAAAAUGUGAAGAGAUUUAUGACUUUGAAGUUAAAAUUGGAAAGAAACACACACCUUAGCUUUGUGCAAAUCUGUGUUAUGAUGGGCAUGUCUUGGGUUCUGGAUCUGUUUCCCUACUUUAUUCGAGGCAACGUUUUCUGCGAAUGGAUCUUUUGGUUAGCCUACUACUACCAUUUGACCUCGGGUGUCAUAAUUUUUGCCCUCUUUGUACUAAAACGCAGUACAAUCCUGCUCGUUCUAGAACGAAUUCAGUGCAAAAGACAGGAUCCACUUUAAAGGAGUUUAAACAUAGUUUCGUUAACUAUUUACACAAUAUUCAUUCUGCUCUUUUUAUAAGAAUUAAGGACCCAAAUAUAUAAAAAAGA